AACGGCAGUUCGCCUGGUGUGGCGAAAAGGUCAGGCAAUGCCGUGAAGGUGUCAGCCAUGUUGGCGGUGAGGAUUGAGGAAGCGCCGAUGGAAGAAACACGGGAGAAAAACGCAUUCGAUUGUCGCAUGCGCGCAGAGGUUGGUUCUCGAAGCGCGUGUUGGUGCAAAGGCGAUCUACGCGUACGUACGUGCCAGACGAAAUGGUGUGAGUACUGAGCAGCUCUGCCUAUUAGAAUCGUUCUAUAGUUUCUACAUAGAACCCGGGGAACGGUGUGCGGACGGACGGAUUGUCACAUCGGUAACGGUCAUAAAUAUACGACAUCCGUAGCCAUGGCUGCGCUAAAAACAUUGACGAACAAGUUUUUCCAAUUAAUACCUGAGUAGUACCGAGUUUCCUAAUCGAUCCCCACAGUAUUGUCACGUGCCAGGGUGUAUUGGUGAUUACCGAGUGAAAUCCACGGGGGAAUUUACGUACCAAAACUUUGCCUAUAUGUCCUCGUUGGUGGUGUGCAUUCGUUGUGUGACGAAAUUACGUGAUGGUCUCUAAGGUGGAUGUAAAUAUCGGGUGCGAGACUCGGUUUGGUACUUAUCACGGUAAAGAUAUGAGUGAAAAAGGUGACAAGGAUUUUGAGUUCGCUAUACCACCAGAGGCCCCAGUCUUUGAGCCAACAGCGGAGGAAUUUCUCGACCCCCUUGGCUACAUCUCCAAGAUUCGUCCCAUCGCCGAAAAAUCGGGGAUUUGCAAAAUAAAACCACCGCCAAAUUGGCAACCACCUUUCGCCGUUGACGUUGACAAAUUCAAGUUUGUACCAAGAAUUCAGAGGUUAAACGAACUUGAAGCAAAGACCAGAAUAAAGCUGAAUUUUUUAGAUCAAAUAGCCAAAUUUUGGGAGCUGCAAGGAUCGUCGUUGAAAAUUCCACUAGUUGAACGCAAAGCGUUGGACUUAUACUCCUUACACAGAAUUGUCACCGAGGAAGGUGGCAUCGAAACAGUUACUAAAGAAAGAAGAUGGGCAAAGAUUGCAAACCGGAUAGGAUAUCCGUCUGGUCGGAGUGUUGGAAGUAUUUUAAAAAACCACUACGAAAGAAUUUUAUACCCCUUUGACGUUUUCAAGCAAGGAAAAACCUUGACUGACAUCAAAAUUGAGCCAGAGGGUGAUGUGAAUGAAAAAAAGGACAGGGAUUAUAAGCCUCAUGGAAUAAUAUCGAGACAGCAAAUAAAACCCCCGAAUGAAAAAUUUUCACGACGUUCCAAACGAUUUGCUGGUACGGAUGAAAAACCAGAAUUAGUCGCAGACACCGCAUCACCCAUUAAGCAAGAAGAUUGCAAAGACGAGUGUGACUCUGACGGUGAAAAAGAUAAAGAUAACAGCAAGGAGCUUAAAAAAUUGCAGUUUUACGGACCUGGUCCGAAAAUGGCCGGUUUUAAUACCAAAGAUGUAAAGAAACCUAGCAAAACCAGAGGCGUCAAAUUACACUAUGAUUUUGACCCACUUGCCAAAUACAUUUGCCACAACUGUGGCAGAGGCGAUACAGAGGAGAGCAUGUUGUUGUGCGACGGAUGCGACGACAGCUAUCACACCUUCUGCCUUAUGCCUCCGUUAACCGAAAUACCAAAGGGUGAUUGGCGAUGCCCAAAAUGUGUCGCCGAAGAAGUCUCAAAGCCCAUGGAAGCCUUUGGAUUCGAACAAGCUCAGCGCGAAUAUACGCUGCAACAGUUUGGCGAAAUGGCCGAUCAGUUCAAAAGCGAUUACUUCAACAUGCCUGUACACAUGGUACCGACUCCUUUGGUCGAGAAGGAAUUCUGGCGGAUUGUUUCUUCGAUAGAUGAAGAUGUGACCGUCGAGUAUGGGGCUGAUUUGCACACAAUGGAUCACGGCUCCGGUUUCCCGACGAAGACCAGUGUCAAUUUGUUCACGUGCGAUCAGGAGUACGCCGAAUCUUCGUGGAAUUUGAAUAAUUUACCCGUUCUACAGGGCAGCGUGCUGGGGCACAUCAAUGCGGACAUUAGCGGCAUGAAAGUUCCCUGGAUGUACGUCGGCAUGUGCUUCGCCACCUUUUGUUGGCACAACGAAGACCAUUGGAGUUAUUCCAUAAACUAUCUACACUGGGGAGAGCCCAAGACUUGGUACGGAGUUCCUGGAUCUCAGGCGGAAAGAUUUGAACAUUCCAUGAAGUCUGCUGCCCCGGAAUUAUUCCACAGCCAACCGGACCUUCUCCAUCAACUCGUCACUAUUAUGAACCCCAACAUACUGAUGAACGAAGAAAAUCGUCGAUGGCUGUACUGUCCUGGACCUGGUUGCUCGCCGAGAUGCCAGCAUACAAAUAAUCCAACCCCCAUGUACAUAGGAGUUCCAGUGUUCAGAACGGAUCAGCACGCAGGUGAAUUUGUCGUUACUUUUCCAAGAGCCUAUCACGCGGGCUUCAACCAAGGGUACAACUUUGCCGAAGCUGUCAAUUUCGCUCCAGCCGAUUGGCUAAAAAUGGGCCGCGAAUGUAUUUCACAUUACUCGAACUUGAGACGCUUCUGCGUUUUCUCACACGACGAACUUGUCUGCAAAAUGUCUCUGGACCCAGACUCCUUGGACAUCGGUAUAGCCACGGCAACAUAUCACGACAUGCUUCAGAUGGUUGACGAUGAAAAAAAAUUGCGAAAAAAUCUUCUGGAAUGGGGCGUAACAGAAGCGGAGCGCGAAGCUUUUGAGCUUUUACCGGACGAUGAGAGGCAAUGCGAGGCAUGUAAAACUACCUGUUUCUUAAGUGCGGUAACGUGCUCCUGCCACAACUCGCAGCUCGUUUGUUUGAGGCAUUUUACCGACCUCUGCGACUGCCCGCCGGAGAAACAUACUCUCAGAUAUCGUUACACGCUCGAUGAGUUGCCCAUAAUGUUGCAAAAGCUUAAACUGAAGGCCGAGUCGUUCGACUCGUGGGUCACCAAAGUAAAGGAAGCGAUGGACCCGAAAGGAGACAAAAUCGAACUUACCGAACUCAAAGAAUUGCUCAGCGAAGCCGAAGUCAAGAAGUUUCCGGAAAGCGAACUGCUCACCGCUCUUACCACCGCUGUACAAGAUGCCGAAAAAUGCGCCAGCGUCGCUCAGCAGCUAUUGAAUAACAAGCAGCGGACGAGGACUAGGCAAUCUGUGGACACUAAAUAUAAACUGACUGUCGAAGAGUUGACCUUGUUUUACAAAGAAAUAACAAAUCUCUGCUGCGAAUUGAAAGAAUCUGACGGCGUUAAAUACAUAUUAGACCAAGUAGUUCAAUUUCAAAAGGAUGCCGAGGAAUUAGAAAGUAAAGAUGAAGUUGCGGACAUCGAAAAGCUGGAGAAAUGCAUCGACUUCGGCGAUUCUAUUUGCAUCGAAUUACCACAGCUUGUCCGACUAAAACAGAGAUUGGUGCAGUCGCAGUGGCUGGAAGAAGUGAAAUCUAUUCAAGACGAACCGAAAUCAGCCAGUCACGAGGAUCUUGUAAAGCUGGUAGAAAAAGGAAUGACAAUCCCGCCACACGUUAGCAUAGAAAACACCUUAUCAAAGCUCCAGAAUUUAAUGAUAAGUAUAGAGAAGUGGGAAGACAAGGCGAAAGGGUAUCUGCAAAAUAAAAAUCGUCAGACUAUCGUUACGAUAGAAGAUUUCUUGAAAGAAGCCGACGAAAUCGACGCCUAUUUACCAAACCUAGACAAUUUACAAGACAUUUUAACAAAGGCCAAAAACUGGACUAAAAACGUUCAGGACGUUCAAGCCAAGGAGAAUUAUCCUUACUACGACACGCUCGACGAACUUGUUCGCAGGGGUAGAAACAUACCGCUUCACUUGGACGCGCUGCCGAUCCUGGAGUCGACGUUGUCUCAAGCCAAAGUUUGGAAAGAAAGAACAGCCCGAACGUUUCUCAGAAAGAAUUCUCACUACACCUUAAUGGAAGCUCUCUCUCCGAGGAUCGGAGUAGGUGUGCAAGCUAUGAAGACGAAGAGAAACAAGGGAGAGGAGACGGUCGGCGCCGUCUUUGUGUGUGAUACAAAACUGGACGACACUAAUGACUCUGCGAACGUCGUCGCGGCCUUCAAACUCGCCGAGCAACGCGAAAUGGAAGCUAUGAGGAAUCUUAGAGAGAGGAAUUUGACCAAGACUGAGAUGGACGAAUCGAGAUAUUGCGUCUGCCGAAGACCCCGAUUCGGACUGAUGCUACAGUGCGAACUCUGCAAGGAUUGGUUUCACUCAAACUGUGUGCCUUUACCCAAAACCACGUACAAAGGGAAGCUACCGGUGUCAAGGGACACAAAGUUCUUGUGCCCGUGUUGUCUGAGAUCACGCCGACCUCGUCUCGAGACGAUAUUAGCCCUGUUAGUGAGCUUACAAAAAAUUCCUGUACGUUUGCCCGAGGGUGAAGCUCUGCAAUGCCUAACGGAACGAGCGAUGAACUGGCAGGAUCGUGCCAGGCAAGCUUUAGCGACUGACGAAUUGUCUUCUGCGUUGGCCAAACUCUCCGUCUUGUCUCAGAAGUUGGUCGAAGCAGCUGCGAGGGAAAAAACAGAAAAAAUAAUCAGCAGCGAGUUAAAAAAGGCUGCGAACAACCCGGAACUCCAUCAAAGAGUACAAGCCAUCGCCCCGCUUAGUGGUGUACAUUCCGACGACAGUGUACCGAGUACUGCUGACGAUGACGACGACGUUGUUACCAUCGAGGAUGACGAGCCUACUUGUAGUACGUUUAAUAGUAACGAACACGAUUAUUCGUACGUUUCCAAGUUUCAACCCAACAAACUCCAGGGACAGGACGCUGACGCCGCGGUAGUUUUGUCAGAGAGUGCGAGGGGUCGACUCGAGGAGUUGAUGAUGGAAGGCGAUCUGCUCGAAGUAGCCUUGGAUGAAACACAGCACAUAUGGAAGAUACUGAGCCACACGAACAUACCCAGCAGUGUGCAAAAGUAUGCGACCUUCGAGGAAGUUCAAGCGACGUUUAAGCACGACAUGAAAGACGUGAAAAAACGCGGACGUAAACGUAAAUCGGAAGAAUUUGAGCUGCUGAAAAAAUUGGGCCGUCCAAAAGUCGAUGAAAAAAAUAUCCUAAAACGUAAAGGAUUGAACAAGGAAAAGAAAAUUCUCAUGAGUGUCGGACCGAUGAAACGCGGCCCGCGAAAGAUAAAACGUAAGGAGGGCGAGGAAGGGCCCAAAAAACGCGGUGGUAACAGGAAGAAAACGAAACAAGACACUUCCGAUGAAGAAGACGACUGUGCAGCUGUCAGUUGCCUCCGCCCCAGUGGACGCGAGGUCGAUUGGGUCCAGUGCGACGGAGGCUGUGACGGUUGGUUCCACAUGCACUGCGUUGGCUUGGACCGUGCAGAAAUAGCUGAAGAAGAUGAUUACAUCUGUAGUAAUUGCAAAGACAGCGAUAAUGUCAUGCUGUCACGAACAGAUCCCACUGCCGAAUUAUUAGGGUUGGAUGCACUUCUUUCCCUUUCUCAAUCUCAGGGAUACAACAGCGGAGAUACGGAACCCGAGAUACAGGAAGCCUCGCCGUUCGUCGAGACGUAUUGAUCAGCUUCUUCUUCUCACUCUCAAGAUCUCUGUGCUGACGCAGUAGCCGGUUGCCCCAUGUAUUUAUCAGGAUAAACGAGACUACGCCGUUUUAAGCAUUUGCAACGUCCAGCUAUCAACACCGUACUCACACGUGACAAUGAACAUUUUCGUUCUCAUUAAUUGUCCUUAAUUUUGUUACGCUUUGCUUUUUUUUUUCUCCUCCAAAUUUCGAUUUAACUUUGUCUUGUGUAGUCCUUGGGUUUUCAGUCUUCCAACACGGUGUCUUGCCAUUCAAAAUUAGAACGUUUAGAAAAUUUUUCUCCUUUCUUUUUCUCUACGUUCGUUACUGACAGUGAUUGAUAAAAAUAGAGUGAAAUUAACGAUAACGUAUGUGGUCAAGAAUAUCGGGAUGAAAACAGAGCCAA